AUCUGUUGUGAUGACAUAUUGGACAUUGUCAAUAUGUUUCAUUUUUAUUCCCAAUAAUAAAGAAAACAAUUUAGUCUAGAAUUAAAAACUAAUGCUUUGCGAAAAUUGUGUUUUUAUAAUAUAUUAACAAAUACUCAUGAAAAAUGGACGCAAAGCCGAAAAGCGAUCAUCUCUUGGCGUUGAAAGUAAUGAGAUUAACGAGACCCACACUUGCUUGUCCGAUUGUUGUCACAUGCGAUUCCACGGAUCUCCCAGGUAAUACAUUAAAUAAUGAACUCAAAAAUGAUUGUACAUCACUUCAAGGAAUGGAAACUAUCUCCAUUGGACAAUUUAUGGUUCUACCUCAAAGUUUUGGAAAUAUAUAUUUAGGAGAAAUAUUUUCAAGCUACCUCUGUGUGCAUAAUGGUAGUAGCCAAUUAGUGACGAAUAUUACUGUAAAAGCGGAUCUUCAAACUAGUACUCAAAUAAUUCCACUUUCCAAUCACAAGGAGGAAAUUAAAGAACUUCCUCCUAAUAGAACAAUCGACGAAGUCAUUCAUCACGAAGUAAAAGAAAUUGGAACGCACAUUCUCGUGUGCGAAGUGACGUACACGCCAGCAAAUUCAAGUGGACAACCGCAGUCAUUUAGAAAAUUCUUCAAAUUCCAAGUCGUGAAACCGCUCGAUGUAAAAACAAAAUUUUAUAAUGCUGAGUCUGAUGAGAUUUAUCUUGAAGCUCAAAUACAAAACUUAACGGCUGGGCCAAUUUGUUUAGAAAAAGUGGCUCUUGAAUCCUCGCAUUUAUUUACUGUAACGUCUCUAACAAAAAAUGAGAAGGACGAAUCAAUAUACGGUAAAGUGAAUUUGCUAGAUUCCGGUUUUAGUCGACAAUACCUUUAUUGCUUAAAACCUCAACCAAGUUUGUUGAAAGAUCCUAAAAUGAUGCACAAUGCUACAAAUAUUGGUAAAUUGGAUAUUGUUUGGCGAAGUAAUUUAGGAGAGAGAGGUCGUCUUCAAACAAGCCAAUUACAAAGAAUGGCUCCGGAUUAUGGUGAUCUGCGGGUUACACUGAAGGAUAUCCCAGCGGAUAUUCACCUCGAGGAACCGGUUAAUUUUAAAUGUCACGUCGUGAAUACUUCGGAAAGAAGUAUGGAUAUACUUGUAAGUUUGCAAUCCAAUAGCUCAAUCGCUUGGUGUGGAAUUUCUGAUACGAUGCUAGGUCCUCUUAAACCCGGAGAUUCGAUUUACAUUUCCUUAUGCUUGAUUCCAUUGGAUUCUGGACUUAUUACUAUUGCCGGAUUGCAACUGAUGGAUACUUUCUUGAAAAGAGUAUAUGAUUACGACGACUUGGCCCAGAUAUUUGUAAACCAAAUGUCUCUAAAAGAAGAUUUAAAACCAGGAGCGAACUAAAUCAAAUGAUUUUUACAAAUGUGAAAACUUUAUUGUAUAUAGCCGCAUUAGGAUUUAGAAAAUUAUAAAUAUUACAGAUAAUAUAACACUUUUUAGACACAAAAA